AAUAUGAAGUUACUAAAGUUGUUUCUACUAUUUGUCAUUAUUGAACUAAGUGUUGGCUUAAGUGCACAUCGGAGUUUUCUAAAUUAUCGUGUUUAUCGCCUGAAACCCAAUAAGCCAGAACAAUUGGAAAGUUUAAAAUCUUUGGAAGUGCGCCAUGAAGAAGUUUUCUUUCUCGAUCAUUUGAAAUUGGGCUUAUUAAAUGUUGUAGUAGCUCCAGAAUUUAAUGAAAAUUUUCUCGACUUUCUUCAAAAUGAAAAAAUUAGUUACGAUUUAAUUGAUAAGAAUGCCCAGGCCAGUUUGGACUUGGAUAUUGAACCCAUAGCGGAUGCCAAUCGUCGGAGUGAUGAUUACAGUUGGUCAGAGUAUCAUGAAUUGAACGAUACCUAUCUAUGGCUACAAAAUACAGCAGGAAAAUAUCCAAAUGUGGCAACUGUGUUUAAGGCAGGCGAAAGCUAUGAAGGACGUGAUCUUUUGGGACUUAAAAUUGAUCAUAAGGGCGAGGGAGAUAGACAAGCCAUCUUUCUGGAAGCUGGAAUGCAUGCCAGAGAGUGGAUUAGUCCGGCAACAUCUACAUUUUUCAUCAAUGAACUUUUGACCUCGCAAAAUCCCGAGAUUAUGAAUUUGGCCAAGUCCUAUGUGUGGUAUAUUUUGCCACAUGCCAAUCCCGACGGUUAUGUCUACACACAUUCUACAAACCGUUUGUGGCGCAAGACACGUAGUCCACAGGCAAACAAUUGCUAUGGCACCGAUCCGAAUCGUAACUGGGCCUUUCAUUGGCGGGAAAUUGGAGCCAGCGAUGAGCCAUGCUCGGAAUCCUAUGCUGGACCCAAGGCAUUCUCCGAAAAGGAAACAGAAACUCUAGCCCAAUAUCUACAAUCGUUGCCUGAGCCCGUUUUCAUGUACCUAUCACUGCAUUCCUUUUCACAAUUAUUACUUUAUCCUUAUGGGCAUACAUCGACUUUGCCAGAAAAUCAUAAGGAUUUGGAAUAUAUCUUUAGAUCUGCUGUUCAGGGAAUGAAACGACGCUUUGGCACACGUUACACUGGUGGCAAUGUCUAUGAUGCCAUUUAUCCAGCUGCUGGUUCUAGCAUGGAUUGGGCUUAUGGCGUAUUGAAAGUGAAAUACUCAUUCUGCUAUGAGUUGCGACCAUCGGGUUAUAGUUUCUGGACGGGAUUCCGUUUACCCGCAUCACAGAUUAUACCCACUGGCCAGGAGACAACCGAUGCUUUGGUAGAAAUGAUUAAGGCAGCUAGAACUUUAAAAAAAUAAUUUCAGAUACAUACAUAAAGUAUUCAAUCUUUGGCAAUGAAAUUAAAUUUUGGUCUUACUUAUUACUAAUAAUGCCUUUUUACGAAUAAACAUUUUAAAAAAUCAA